AGGAAACUACAUGAGCACUUUGCUUUCCAAGUGUGCCCUUCUCAGUCUUUGGUGCUGGGCUGCUCUGGGGAAGUCCAGCAUGGACAGGACCACGGAGAGCCUGAAGGGCCCCAGCUUCGGUCAGCACUUCAGGAUGAUGAUGAUCUGCACAGUGCUCAUCCAGAUGCUCCUGCAGGCCCUGUCUGUGGCUGUGACUUACGUGUACUUCACCAGGGAGAUAAAGCAGCUGCAGGACAAGUACUCCAGAAGUGGGACAGCCUGUUUCUUAAUGGAAGACAGGGAUUCCUGGGACUCCACUGAUGAAGAGGUUAUGAACAGACCCUGCUUGCAGGCUAAGAGGCAACUGUAUCAGCUCAUCGAAGAGGUGUCUUUGAGAACCUUUGAGGAAACCCUUUCGACAGUUCAAGAAAAGCAGCUAAGUAUUCCUCCCGCGCCCAGAGGUGGAAGGCCUCAGAGAGUGGCAGCUCACAUCACUGGGAUCAAUCGGAGAAGCAACUCAGCCAUAAUUCCACUUUCCAAGGACGGAAAGACCUUGGGCCAGAAGAUAGGGUCCUGGGAGUCAUCGAGGAAAGGGCAUUCAUUCCUCAACCACGUGCACUUGAGAAACGGAGAGCUGGUCAUCCAGGAGCAAGGCCUUUACUAUAUCUAUUCCCAAACAUACUUCCGAUUUCAGGAGGCUGAGGCAGUGUCCGAGACAGUCCCAAAGGACGGAGUGAGGAACAAGCAGAUGGUGCAGUACAUCUACAAAUAUACCAGCUACCCAGACCCCAUAAUACUGAUGAAGAGCGCCAGGAACAGCUGCUGGUCCAGAGACGCAGAGUACGGACUCUACUCCAUCUAUCAGGGGGGGCUGUUCGAGCUUAAGGAAAACGACAGGAUUUUUGUUUCUGUGACGAAUGAGCAUUUGAUGGACCUGGACCAAGAAGCUAGUUUUUUUGGAGCCUUUCUAAUUAACUAAAUGACCUGCAAAGAUCAAACACAGCUCUCAAAUGCCCAGCAAUAUCUUAAGUUGAAUACAUGCCCAGAAGUGACUGAACUGGUGGGGGUAUGGCUUGGCUGCAGAACCCUUGGGACAGAUGUGACAAAAAAAGUCGGCUGGAAUCAAGCAGCCCAAACGCCCAGCCAUAGACACUUUCAGUGUUUAUGAAAAGAACCUGCUUAUGACAUCACUACACAUGUUCGUUGCUCUACCUGGUGCCAUGUUGCAGAGAUCUAGAAGGUUUUUGAUAUCUAAGUAUUUAUGCAACAAUUGACAAAUUUUGCCUUUGUUAUCUGGGUCAUGGGUGUUCAAUGGGCUGUGUGAAAACAAGGACAGCUAUAAAUGCAGGCCAGCAUAAAAAUCACAGACUCUGUCACCUAAAACAUUACAGAGAGAGAGCCAGAGAGCGACUGAGCAAGCGAGAGAGAGAGCGAGACAGAGAGUGGGUGAAAGUGUGUGUGUGUAUUUGUGUGAGUGUGUUUUUUUUUUUUAAAUCGUAUCUGAUUAUGUGUUUCUCAAGUGUGAAUUCUUAAAUGACAACAUUAUGUCCCAUCAUCAAUGAGUAUCUGGCCCAAAGAAUGAAUGAAAACUCCAGGCGAUGAAUGAAGCAGCCAAGAAAGGUGCCUGCAAAGCCAUUGAAGCCUGGCUGCCCCAGCCUGCUGGGGCUCAGAUUUUCCUGCCACAUGUAGAGUUGGAGGGGACCUUGCGUGGCUCUCAGUCUUUGGUACCUCCUUCUUGACAUGCUCCCAGACCUCGUUUGCUUGUCAUUUGUUUUGAGGCCGGUAUCCCAGGCUGGCCUAUGGUGAUCUGUAACCGGGCAGCCUCCUGCCUCCAGGAUAUGCUGAGAUGAUGGUUUAUGCCACCCUGCCUGGCUCAUGCAGAGCUAGGCUUCUUGAAUGCCUGGUAACGUCUCUACCACUGAGCCACUUUCCAGCCCUGUUCCUGUCUUUUCUGAAUGAAGUGUUUUCCUGUGUUUUGGAAGUGCACAAUAUUCAGCCAAGAGUUUGCCUUGAGCUUUAGGAUCAAGUUUGAGCUAGCCUGAAUGUGCUUGUCCUGCCCAGAAGGUAGCUGUUAUCCCAGUCUUCUGGCUCUUACAUCUGUCUGUUCCUUCUGCCAAGAUGUUUUGUAGACCUUAGCUAAAGGGAUGUGAUACAGUUUUGUUCAUUUUUUUGUUUUGUUUUGUUUUGGUUUUGGUUUUUUGGAUGUCUAUGCCUGGAGUUUCAUUGUAGUAACACAAGAUUGACUAAAACCAAAGGGCAGCAAACCCCCAAAAGGACCCAUAUGAUGUAUUUUAUUGAACCAGUUUUUUUUUUGUUGUUGUUGUUUUGUUUGUUUGUUUGUUUUGGUUGGUUGGUUUUUAGGCUUUUUUGGUUGCUGGAGAGAUAGCUUAGAUGUAAACAGCACUGGUUGCUCUUCCAGAGAAUCUAGGUUCAAUUCUCAGCCCUCACAUAAUGAUUAAGAAUGGUAACUCUAGUUGUAGGGGAUCUGACUCCUUCUUCUGGCCUCUGCAGGCAAUGCAUGUACACGGUGCACAGACACACAAUCAGACAAAAUAUUCAUACACAUACAAAUAUGUCUUUCAAAAAAACUUAUUUGAAUUUAAGGUUAUGGAUAGCUGUUACUUUCGAUACUCCUUAUGUUUUUUUUUUUUUCAUGACUCCAUCAAGGUCUUAUAAAAUAGCACAUAGACUCCACAGCUACCAUUUUAAAGUUUUCCUUCUCUGACUAGAAUAUAGGCAUUGUAAUAGUGAAACACAUUUAGCCUUGCCUGCAACCAUAUUCCUAAUAUUUAGUAAGGAACUUACAUGUAAUUUCUAUAUAAAAUACAUCUAUGUAUUCGUAAGUAAUAAUAAUAACCAUAUGGGAAAAUGUUGAUGUCAAAUAAUGAAGGAGAAAACUUGAAAGUUCAAGAAAAGGCAUUUGCCAAAAAUCCUGAAAACCUGAGUUUGAUCCUUGGGAUUACAUAGUGGUAGGAGAGACCCCAUUCCUACAAGCUGUCCUCUGACCUCCACACACGUGUUUUGGGACACACACACACUCCAGAUGUGAGGGUAGAAGGAAGACAAUAAAGGAAGAGGAAAGACGAAGGGAAGAAAGGAGAAGAAAGAAGGAAAUGAUAAAGUACAUUUUCACUAAAUGCCAAGUCAGAUUUAACAAUGUGCGCAAACACACAAGAAUGGUAUAAAAACAGGAAAAGGUAGGAAGGGCCGGGUGGGAGGAGGGUAGAGAGACAGAGGAGUGGAGGGCACUGAACCAUGAUAUGUGUGAAGGUUUCAUAAGAAAUCCGUUAUUUUGCAUACUAACCAGAAACAUUAAUUAACAACAAAAUUAACAUAAAAUAGUUUAAAACAGUAAAAACAUUCGUUGCACACUGCACAUUGAGUGACUAGAUCACAGCAAUUGUACCACCAGGUUGUUCUCUGUCACCUGUCACAACAUCUUAAUGACAACGGUCUUCUCUGCCACUCACUGGUCUUUCUGUUUUGACUCCUAAAGUGGGAUUGUGGAGUCAAUUUAACUUUGGGAGGAGGCAGGGAUGAGAACCAAGCCCAGGGUCUUGCUCCCAAUAGGCAUGUACCCCACACUGAGUGACACCUCAGCCUAAACGAAACAACUAAGUGCUGUUUUUAAUUCCUGGUCUCUUAAGUCAUCACCGAAGAGAAAAUUCAUAGUAUUUUUUUCUGUUUGGUAGGCAGGCAAGUGAAAUGGUAUCAGAUUUCUAAUUUUUGUGUUGAACACAGACAUUCUUUGUUUGCUGUUUCCAUAUGGUCCACAAGCCAUGGUCCCUGGGGUGACGCUACUUCAUAAUCUCCCACAGAGCAUUUUGUAAUGCCCAUGCCUAGAUUCAACCACAAACCAACAGGAUCAGAAUCUUGGAGUGGAGCCCAGGGAUCUUUUUUGUGUGUGUGCAUUUUAAUUUCCUCAAGUAAUUAGCAGGCCGCCUGCAGGACACAAUUUACCAAAGUGUCAAAUGCUGUGAUUUAGAAAUUAAAUAUUUAAGAAUGCAACAUACCCAGACAACCAUGAUUAGAUGUUCAAAGAUUUAAUUCAUGGGCAAUAUUAAACUCCAUGACUUGUUUAAACAAGCAUGCCUGCAUAUUUUUUCCUUCUGCCAAAAUAUAAAGCCUCUGACUGCAGGAAGCAACCGUGGAGAGAAUAUUUUAGAAUGAUAACUUCCUGGACAAUUGUGAGGAGCCAUUUUUUUUAAAGACAUGAAUUCUUAUCUGUUUGAAAAGGAAUAAUUACUACUGGUGGGGGGCGGGGGAAAGGACCAGGCCCUGUUUUUGUCUUAUUGAGUUCCAGCCCAACAAACCAUCUGACCUGAAGAAUAAAAUUAAAGUGCCACUCUGGCCUAAUCAGCCUGGGGAACCUGGGCAUUUUAAGCAGCAAUGAUCCCAGAAGAGAGGUCAACUUUGCUGUUUUGGAGCAGAAGUGUCAAGGCAAAAGUUUUUUGUUAUUGUUUUUCAGACCAAAUGGGGCCACCUUACUGUCACACACCGUGAGUGCCACCAGGUGGCGAAGUUCCCUUAACUUCCUCAGAGUCAAGUCCUUUAAAGGUGUGUGCAUAAGUCUUCAAAUCCUCUGGUUUAAAAACAAGAACGAAAGCCAAGAUCAAUGGUUUACCUGUAGGCAACUGGAACUACAGACAAAAAAUAAGCUUGCAUACACGGUUGGAGCUCCAGGUUGAGGCUGGGUCUGUGAGGAGUGUUUGUUUAUUUGUUUGUUUGGUGUUGUUUUCUUUUGAGACAUUGUAGCUCCUGAGUGUCCUGAAACUCGCUUUGUGGACCAGGCUGUCUUAGAACUCAAAGAUUUGCCUGCUUCUGCCUCCAGAGUGCUUGGACUAAAGGCGUACACCACCAUGCCCUGUCCUAAUUGUUUUUGUGUUGAGUUCUAGGCCAUACUGGUCUUUCUUUUUAACAGCCAGCCCCUAGAAAGCCAUACUGAUGUCAACACUGAAAAUGGCCUAGGUACGAAGGAAGACACGGGGUUCUGAUUCUUCCUAUUUUUGUGAAAAAUGAGUGCACAGAACAGCUGAGAUCACAAAAUAUAUAACCUCUAGAUUUUGCAUAACCUAGUUUCAAUACAGAGAGUUACAGGCUUCCUUCAAGGGUAAGUUUAGAUUCUGUGUUAAGAAUUUGAGGUGUGUUGUUUGCUUGCUUUUUCGUUUUUAAGUGAAACACAAUUUGAGUCAACUUUUCUAAAUUCUCUUUGCUUCCAAGGGCUCUGUGAAGCCAGGGGUGUUGACAACGUGGCUUUUGCCCUCUCUCCAGUUACUGUAGAUUGUGGCCUUCCCCGCCCGAUCACUACCUACUCUACUUCUGGGGAUUUGAACCCAGCUUCUCAUGCUUGUGCCAAAACUGCUCCCCCACCGAACCUUCUCCCCAGACCAAUCACUAUUACGUGGGUUUUUGUUUGUUUGUUUGCCUGUUUUGUUCUUUGGCAAAUCAAUUCAGUUCUGUAAUUUCCUUCCAAGUAUUAUUUUAACUGUUUCCUAUAAUUUAGCAUAUAACAGUUUCAUUAUCAGUGUCAGAAAUUUUGAAUUACCACCUUUGUUCUUAAAGAAUUAAAUCUAUAUUUUCAGUUGUGAGACAAGAAAAUCUUAAAGAGAAUUUUUCUCUUUCUUUUUCCCUUUCUUUUUUCCUUCCUUCCUUCCUUCCUUCCUUCCUUCCUUCCUUCCUUCCUUCCUUUCUUUUUUCUUUCAAGUUGAUAGCAGCAAAGCCAGAAAGUAAAUUAACUAUGAUGAUGAUGAUUAUUAUUUCAAAUGUAAAAAUAUUGUAAAUUCUGAAAUACACACACACACACACACACACACACACACACACACACACACGUUCCUUUGAAUUUCACCUUAAUAAAAACAGAAGUCCAUGCACCCACCACACUUUUUUUUCUCUUUUCUUUCAGCCCAUGUAGAGCUGCCCUGUAAAGUACAAUCCCCCCUUUUUUUUGUCUGAUAAGACUGAUGAUUCCGAUUUCCAGUGUUUUAUAUCUUUUUCUUACAUCUGUUCUUUACACCUUUGGGCUCUUCUGAAUUAUACAGUGCUGAAACACUUUGUCAUCAGUCUGAGGAUCUCUGCAUUUAAUCAGUGAAUUUAACCCAUUUGCACUUAUUGUAAAAACUGUAAUAUAGGAGCUCAUUUAUAUAUCUUUGCUUUUUAUUUAGUUUUCACUGUUUACUUUUUACUCAUUUUCCUAUCUUCCACAGGAUAAUCUUAAUGCACUUAAUUAAUUUCUUGUUGCUAUAAUAAAAUGCCUUGACAAAAACACCUUAAGGGAGAAAGAGUUUAGUUAAUAGUCUAAGGGUCUAGCCCAUAAUUCCGGGGAAGUCACAGAGGCAAGAGCUUUUGAGAACUGGCCACAUUACAUCCACAGUUAAGAACAGAAAACAGUGAAUUAAGGCAUAUUUGAUAGUUUUCAUUCACUUUCUUUUUUUUUAUUUUUAUUUUUAUUUUUAUAUAGUCCAGGAUCCUAGCACAGGGAAUGGUGCAGCUGAUAUGGACGGGUCGCACAUUAAUUAACAUAAUUAAGAUAAUUCCUCCCGGACAUUCUUAGAGGCCCUUCUUCCAGGUGAUUCUAGAUUAUUUGAAGUUGACAAUUAAAACUAUCACAUUUAACUUUACAACUCAAGGUUUAGUUUUUAAAAUUUUUAUUUUUUUAACUUCCUUUUGAUUCUUUCUGGGUUUCAUAUUAUGCAACACAAUCCCAUUCUUCUCCCCAUCCCUUUGUACCUGCUGUCUGCUCUUACAACCUCUCCCCAAAAACAAAAAUAAAAAAAAAAAAACAAACCAAACAAAAUAAAGCAUAGAAAACAUUUCAUCCUGGAAGCUGUAGUGUGCCACACUGUGUCCCACACGCUACCCUUUUUGUGCACACAUGUUUACUUGUAAGUGUUCAUUGCAAUGGGUCAUGGGUCUGCUUUGAGGCCUCUGGCUUCUGUUGCACUAUCACGGGAUCCCCACUGGGCCCCCUCUCAAGAUAUCCUGUUGUUUCCCUGUGUCAUGGAGAUUCUGCAGCUUUGAAUCUACAAGACAGGCCCUUUCACAUGCUCCAGCAGUUCAGGUAGAUUUUGGGGUGGGCCAGCUCAAAGCUCUGGCACUAAGCCUAGUGGUAGCAGAGUUGGUCAUCUCACCAGCUCCUCCCACACCUAGACCACUAGAGCAAGCUCUCCAGCACCGCCCCAGCUAGCUCACCCACUGCUGCAUCCAGCAAGGGGCAGGGCCAACUCUCCCACUCUCCCACCCUUGAGGCUGGCUCACCUCCUGUGCCUUCUCCAUCACUGUGUUGCCCAGAUGAGGUUCAGGGUCUUCUCUCCCAAAUGCUGUAGUCAGUGAGGGUCAGGCCAGCUCUCCCACCUGCCUCAGGUGAUGAGAAAAAGGUAAAGCGUUGUUGUUGUUGUAAUAUCUGAUAAUUCUG